AUGGUCCUGCUCUUCGUCCUCCUGCGUCGAAGUCAACGCCGCCAAUAUGCCCCCCGAACCUACAUCGGCUCCCUGCGCGAACAGGAGCGUACGCCAGAGCAAUCCCCUGGAAUCUUUGGCUGGAUAACAUCCAUGGCGAAACUGUCUGAUGAAUUCGUGCUACGGCACCACUCCCUUGACGCCUACCUCCUCCUCCGAUACAUUAAGAUUGCCACUGCCAUCUGCUUCGUUGGCUGUCUCAUCACCUGGCCAGUCCUGUUCCCCGUCAAUGCUACUGGCGGUGGCGGAUUGAAGCAAUUGGACUUGCUCACUUUUGGCAAUGUGCAGAACAAUCUAAAUAAAUUAUAUGCCCAUACUUUUAUUGCAUGGAUCUUCGUUUCUUUUGUUUUCUUCAUGAUCACACGAGAGCUACUGUUCUUCAUCAACUUGCGCCAGGCAUAUUUCUUUUCCCCGCUCUAUGCUGGUCGUAUCUCUUCCAAAACCGUCCUUUUCACCUCCGUCCCGGAAGAAUACCUAGACGAAGCAAAGAUUCGACGGAUAUAUGGCAACGAUAACGUGAAGAAUGUUUGGAUCCCAACAAAAACCAAAGAAUUGGAGGAUAUGGUCGACGACAGAGAUAAGGCUGCGUACCGUCUUGAGGGCGCUGAAACGAAGCUCAUUAAACUGGCGAAUAGCGCACGCAUUAAGGCUCUUAGGGGGAAACCGGCUGACGAGGAGAACAACGACAUAGAUAAUCUCGCUCCUGGAAAUGACGCUGAGGGGGAAUCGGGCUCAGUGGCUGCUCGCUGGAUCAAACCUUCACAAAGACCCUCCCACAAACUCAAACCGCUUAUUGGUAAAAAGGUCGAUACGAUCAAUUGGGCCAGGACUGAGAUUGAGCGCUUGAGUCCGGAAAUCGUAGCUCUCCAGGAGAAGCAUCGUGCUGGUGAUGCUCAGAAAGUUACAGCCGUUUUUGUCGAAUUCUACACGCAGAGGGAUGCUCAGGCUGCAUAUCAGAUGGUUGCUCAUAACCAGCCUUUACACAUGGCUCCGAGAUAUAUUGGUCUCAAUCCGUCGGAUAUCAUCUGGUCCAAUUUGAGGAUCAAAUGGUGGGAGCUUAUUAUCAGAAAUGCUGCCACCAUCGGUGCCGUCGUGGCUCUCAUCAUCUUCUGGGCAAUUCCUGUUGCAGUUGUCGGUACCAUCUCGAACAUCAACUUCCUCACAGAAAAGGUCAAAUUCCUCGGAUUCAUUAAGAAUUGCCCCCCAGUCAUUUUGGGUCUUAUCACUGCUCUCCUCCCCGCGGUGCUUCUCGCGGUUCUCAUGGCUCUUUUGCCAAUCAUACUUCGAUUGAUGGCAAAAAUCGGUGGUGUGCCAACCACAGCGGCGGUGGAACUCAGGACUCAAAACUUCUAUUUCACAUUCCAGGUUGUGCAGGUGUUCCUCGUUACUACCUUGUCUUCUGCAGCUUCAAGCGCCGUGGCCGACAUCAUUAAUGAACCCCAGAAAGCAGCUCAGAUGCUGGCAGAGAAAAUCCCCAAAGCGUCCAACUUCUAUAUUGCAUAUUUCAUUCUCCAGGGUCUCACAUUCAGCGCGGGGGCCCUCCUCCAGAUCUCUGGUCUGAUUGUUUCGAAAAUCUUGGGCAAGUUGUUCGAUAACACGCCUCGAAAGAUGUACAAGCGCUGGUCAACUCUGUCCGGACUCGGCUGGGGAACCGUCCUGCCGAUCCUAACCAAUCUUUGCGUGAUCGCCAUCACUUACAGCGCCAUCGCUCCACUGGUCCUCGGCUUCGCAACCAUCGGCCUGUUCCUUUUCUACGCCGCUUACCGCUACAACAUGCUCUACGUCACCAACAGCAACAUCGACACAAAAGGCAUGAUCUACCCACGUGCUCUGCAACAGACAACAGUAGGCUGCUACCUGCUCAUUCUCUGCCUAAUUGGUCUGUUCGGCAUCAACGCUGGCAACCAAAAAACCGCUCUUGGCCCCUUAGUCCUCAUGGUCAUCUUCCUCGUCUUCGUCCUCAUCUACCACAUCUCACUCAACGCCGCCGUAACACCACUCCUCAAAUACCUCCCGCGCAAUCUCGAAUCAGAAGAGGAAGAUCUGCUCCUAAAAGAUGCCUCGGAGCGUGAUGGUACCACCGAAAAAUCGACCACCGCCGGCCCAUCCAACAACGACGUAAAGAACGGCGCAGAGCCGGGCACCGAUGCCGAAAAGGGAAUCACCUCCCCCACAGAUCUCAUCCCGACAAAACCACAGGGCAUAAUUGGCAAAUUCUUCCGCCCCGACAAAUACAGCAACUACGAAACGCUGCGCAAGCUAGUACCGAAGGACUUUGCAGAAAUCUCCUAUUCUCCCCAGGUCGAGCAGAAUGCCUAUUACCCGCCCUGCGUCGGGGCGCAGCCGCCGCUCCUGUGGAUUCCGCGUGAUGCGGGUGGUGUGAGCAGGCAGGAGGUGGCGCAUACGUCCAAGGUGAUUCCGAUUACAGAUGAAGAUGCGACUAUUGAUGAGAAUAAUAAGAUUUCGUGGGAUGAGGCCAAGGGGGUGCCGCCUAUAUAUGAGGAGAAGAUUUAUUAUUAA